CUGGAGCUGUUCAUGGAGCCGGCUUUCCAUUACUCGGCGUGGAACAAUAAAGUAUUCAUCCAUCUCCGAUAAGAGAAGUUAGAACACCGGCAAUGACUGGUAAGAUGGCUCCAAUAAAUCCUCCUUGCUGAAUCAGUUUCCGUUUUUCUUUCAAAGGGUAGCGACGUAAGGCAAUCAGCUUUAAUGCUUUCCGAUACCGUUUGCACUUAUCUGCUUCGGCGGGAGAUAAGUUAACUGUAUUUUUCACAAUAUUGACAGCCACUUCUUCCAGCGCUUUAAGUUGCGAUUUGGUUAGGUAGCCCACAAGGACUUUCCGCUGUUUUGGCUUCAAGUGUUGCAGCGUGAUGAUGAAGGGCGCUAAGGCCUUUACCCUUUCCGACAUUUUGGUAAAGUGCUUGUGGAGUUCCGGUUCAGAUAAAUCCGCAUUCGUUCACCCGAUUUUGCAGCAGCAUGAUGACGGAAACGUUCUUGUGAUGUAUUCCACGGGUAAACAGGUCAGAACAACGAGCAUCCUUGCACAGAUCAGUAGCCAAAUCGUCAAUAAUAACCAAGUUUUUGCUGCGUUUGUUGUCAUCGAAAGCGUGGGAAAAAUUAUGCAGACCGACUACUGGAACAACACCCUACGAAACCGAACAGUCGAACAAUAUGACCUUUCAAAUGUUAGCAAAAAUGCAACGGUCGGAUUUCAUGGAGCUGUGUAAGAUUGGGCGUGUCUUUAAGCCAUCAACUCCGGUCAUACCUUUUGAAUCGACCCAUAUACGGAAACAAAAAGCUGCAACAAUCUUCCGGAACGAAACUGUUCUUUCUUGACGAUGGCGCCACAGAAAAUAGUGCGACUUUUUAUUGAUUCAACAGCAAUUUCAGAAUGAAAUAAAACUUCCAUUAUGCGUAUUGCCCGUUCAGAUCAAAUACGUAACAAAAAAAACCACACUUAUUUAUCUAAAGAUUACUUAAAAAUGUACUGUUGCUACGGUGUUGUACGUACGUGAUUGACCGUUGCACUCACAUGGAUCACCGAUUCCGAU